GUCGGCCGCAGUCACUUUCGAAUUUGCCGCAGUUUUAAGCCGAACGAACGAUGCUUGCCCUUGCCUCUGAACUCUGCCCGACGUCCGCGCCCUUCUUCGGCUUCAUGGGCGUCACCUCCGCCUUGGUCUUUGCCAACUUGGGCGCCGCCUACGGUACGGCCAAGUCGGGCGUCGGUAUCUCGUCGAUGGGCGUCAUGCGCCCGGAGCUCGUCAUGCGCAACAUUAUCCCCGUUGUCAUGGCCGGUGUCCUCGGUAUCUACGGCCUUAUCGUCGCCGUCAUUAUCCAGGGCUCGAUUGACGUCCCGAACGGCAAGGAAACGGUGUACGGCUCGUACACGGGCUUUGCCCACUUGGCUGCCGGCUUGUGCUGCGGUCUCUCGGGCCUCGCCGCCGGUAUGGCCAUUGGUGUCGUCGGUGACGCUGGUGUCCGCGCCGUCGGCCAGCAGGAGAAGCUCUUCGUCGGUAUGAUUCUCAUCUUGAUUUUCGCCGAAGCCUUGGGUCUGUACGGUCUCAUCGUCGCGCUUAUCUUGGCCACGAAGAAGUCGACCGGCUGCUAAACCUUCACCCUCCAUGCUCAAGACGAAUUCGACGAAUAACACUUGGCGCUCUCUGCUGUCUAUAACCACUAGCGUGUGCUCUUAACGAAUUGGUGUCUUCGUCGCCUUACAUUUUCCCUAUUCUCCGUGUCGUCUUGAAAUACCCCGAGGCUCUCAACAGUCGCGAACCCCAACGGCAUGGACCAUGGCCCACAGCGUUUGCGCGCGACCAUCGAGGCAGAUCGAAGACAAGUGGUCUACACCCUCAGUUUUGGGCUGCACCAAGGGCCUUGUCUUCGCUUUGUGUUUCAGCGUGUUUCGGGGCGCAUAAACUUCGUCCGCACAAACUCCGUACGGAUACUUCUUCACUACUACCAAGACCAUAAACUUACGACGAUGCUCAAGGCGAUUGAAUUUGGCCUCAUCCUCGUUCGCGGCGGCAAUGCGACCGUGCAAGCCACGCUCUACGAAAGCAUGCAGGGCAGCGACGAACGGUAUCCAUCUAUCUAUCUGUCUAACUAUCUAGUAAGUUAAUGGCCUUGGUACUUACGUUAUCGAUUUUAAGUAGUACCACUUGACAUCUAGG